GUUCAUUCAACUACCGUACAAAAUUCACUGCACCAGAUACAAAAAAUGACAAAAAUCUGGAUCACAUUUUUGCUGUUCUUCUUAUCCGUUACUAUGUUUUUUGCCACUGCUAUACCAUCUGAAGGGCAUCAAAAUAUGACGGAGGACUUCACUCAACUGAGUGUUACACGGAAUAAAAUUAUGACAGCGCAGUAUGAAUGCUACCAGAAAAUCAUGCAAGAUCCUAUCCAUAGGAAAGAAGGUCCUUACUGUAACAGGACGUGGGAUGGUUGGUUGUGCUGGAGUGAUGUUGCUGCUGGAACUGUGUCAGUACAGCGUUGUCCUGACUACUUUCAGGAUUUCAACCCGUCAGAAAAAGUUACGAAGAUCUGUGAUCCAAGUGGGAAUUGGUUUAGACACCCAGAAAGCAACAGAACGUGGACAAAUUACACCCAGUGUAAUAUCUAUACGCAUGAAAAAGUGAAGACUGCUCUGAAUUUGUAUUACUUGGCCAUCAUCGGACAUGGUCUCUCAAUUGCAUCACUUCUGAUUUCUCUUGGCAUAUUCUUUUAUUUUAAGAGCUUGAGUUGCCAGAGGAUUACCCUGCAUAAAAAUCUAUUUUUCUCUUUUGUUUGCAACUCUGUUGUAACAAUAAUUUCACUGACUGCAGUUGCCAACAAUCAGGAGUUAGUUGCAACUAAUCCAGUUAGCUGCAAAGUGUCACAGUUCAUCUACCUGUACCUAAUGGGUUGCAACUACUUUUGGAUGUUGUGUGAAGGCAUCUACCUGCACACUCUCAUUGUGGUGGCUGUUUUUGCUGAGAAACAACACUUGAUGUGGUAUUACCUUCUUGGCUGGGGUUUUCCACUGAUCCCUGCCUGCAUACAUGCUGUUGCUAGAAGUUUAUAUUAUAAUGACAAUUGUUGGAUCAGCUCUGAUACUCAUCUGCUGUACAUCAUCCACGGCCCUAUUUGUGCUGCUCUGUUGGUGAACCUUUUCUUCCUGCUAAAUAUCGUUCGUGUUCUCAUAACAAAGCUGAAAGACACCCACAAGGCAGAAUCCAACCUGUACAUGAAAGCAGUCAGAGCUACCCUGAUCCUUGUUCCACUACUUGGCAUUGAAUUUGUCCUGUUUCCAUGGCGACCAGAGGGCCGGAUCGCUGAGGAAGUGUAUGACUAUGUGAUGCACAUCCUUAUGCACUACCAGGGUCUACUGGUGGCUACAAUUUUCUGCUUCUUUAAUGGAGAGGUCCAAGCUGUUUUGCGAAGACACUGGAAUCAGUACAAAAUCCAAUUUGAGCACAGCUUCAGCCACUCAGAUGCUAUGCGCACCGCUUCCUACACCGUCUCGUCAAUCAGUGACGUUCAAGGCUACAGCUACAAUCACGACUGCACCAGUGAACAUUUAAAUGGGAAGGGCUACCAUGACAUGGAGAGUGUUGUUUUAAAAACUGAAAAGCUGUAUGGUUGACUGACAAAGGCUCGACGUAUGCCAGUGUGCUUACCCUCGUAGCUCAUGAACUCCAA